AUGAAGCACCAAGGCGAGGGUGCUGGUGGGAGGGCACCCCUCAAGAAUACGCGGAAGAGCGCAAAUAUGAGCCGUCAGAAACUCUUGCAGCUGCGGCGUCAAGCGCUGGCGGUGAAGCGGCAAAAGGCGGAGGUGCAGAAAGCAGAGCUGAAGAAGGCGGCGUCGAGGCGCAUCCAGUCGGCAUACAAUAAAAAGACACAUAAGGCAUUUGACCAUAGCAUUCUGAAAUGCGUGCAGGGCGGACUGGUGGAGUCGAUUGAAAGCCUUGGCGAGACUGUUAGUCCGCUGUCGCUUUUUAUGGCUUCCUCUACCGCCCUUUCACGGUCUCCAGAGAAGCACCACAUUCCAUACAUUCUUGCAAUCGCAUCGGCCUGCGCACCUCGCCUGAGUCAAGGUGUCUUGCUGCAUCAGCUAGAUUCCGCUAUCACAUUAGCGGAGCAAAUUAUCGCGGAAAAUGUGGCAAGUAAUUAUCUUGUUGUGGUCAAGGCAAUGAAGUUUGUUCAGCAAUUGAUUUUAUCCAUUCAACCUCCGUCCAUGCAGAUACUCGCAUCUUUUUCUCGUCUGGAGCCAAGCAAACUACAGGUUGACACCAUGAAAAUGUACAUGGUAACCUUUCGCAAACUCCUGGAACGUGCGGCUCUAAGCGAGGCAUCGUCGUCAUCAAGUUCACAUUCCGUUCGUGAUGAGAACACAGGUGCCUACAUACUGGGUGAGAACCAAAAGUUUUUUGUAGAGGCCUUGCCGCGAUUUGUAAAAUUGUGUGUUUCCAACUUCACAGACGCGCCUGUUAGUCUUGUCUCAUCGACGACGUCAGAGCUUGCUGGGCUUUUCCAGCGCACCCUCUCGCCGUACAUUGUGGAGUCAGUGGGGGGACGUGAGAUGAUUGACAGCAUUGUCUCCACCCAGCUGUUGGAGCUGUUGAAGCCACACUGUCAGCUAUACUGGGGGUACGCACUUGAGGUGAUGGAAGCAUUUUUUGACCGGCUAAAUUAUCUCAAGCGCACUCCUUCUGGGGAUGCAAUGCCUUUUAUGCAGCGUUUUCCUUCAUUCCCAUUUGUUCUCCGCGUACUUAACAAACUGCGCACCAUGGACGACUCAAAACUAAAUGGGAAGAUUGAGCGAGUGAUGGUGUCUAUUGGGAAAGGCAUGCGUGUUCAGGAAUUUGUGAGUGUUAUUUCGUUUGAUCCGCGUCGAGCACACGACGCUGAGCUCCACGCCACCGACGCUACUACCGAGAAGGAUGCGUGGGCCACUAGUUACGUGCUAAACAUCAUUCGACGCAUUGCACCGCACGAUUCGCUACCUUUCUUUGUUGAGCACUUUUUCCCACUUAUUCAGUUCUCUCGCAGUGUCGCCUUGGAGUAUGAAAAACAGCAACGUGUGGAACUAGCUAACACGUGGACGGCGUUGCUGCAGCAGUAUUGGCGUGUGGGUGUCGGCUUCUGCCACUACCCGCGAACCAUCACAAAGGAGUCGUUUCGUGACGUUGCAAAGCAGUUGGUGGGCCUCUUGUCACAUCCGCUCUUUGUGGACACCAGUGCUACCGCCCUACACGUCCUCUGCGACGGCUACCACGAACUUGGGACUACGGAGUCGCUGGAAGAUGAAACUGCGAGCGACAACAACGCGGAUGACAGGGAGGAGCGCUUGUAUGAGGAUCAACGGGAAACCGGUACGCGGGGGAAGCGUGCACUGCCAAUGAAAAACAGUCUUGAAGAUGACACACACUUUCUCUCUCUGAAUGAUCCUACGUGGAACCGCCACGUCUAUCAUGGCAUCUCUCAGGAGGCCGCUAAGGAUGUGUGCGAAAAUGUCAUUGCGAAGUUUAGCGCCAAUAUUAUGCCGAAACUUUGCAACACGUUUGAGAGUCACGACUCGACAGCCGUGUUGUUGGCAAUUCAGAGUUUCUCACGCGUCUGCACACCGGAUGUCAUGCAGGUCAUUCUGAAGGGCAUUCUGGACCUUGGCACAAACAUUGCACUGCAGACGCAAGAAAAGGAUCUUGCUGCGGGGAAGAAGCCGAACCACACACCAUUGACCGGAAAACGUCGCAUGAUACUUGACAUCUCGUGCGCCGUCAUCGCUCAGCUCCCUGUGGAACAUGUUGUGACACUUUUCAAUGACAUCAUUGAGCCAGUCUUGAUGGAUCCGGCACCCGAGUCCCGUUUAUUGCAGAAAAAGGCGUACAAGCUUUUGUUUGCCAUGUUUGAACAUCGUAUUAAAGAUAUUUUCCAACUAUUCCCUCGUAUCGCUGGACUUCUCACGGUUGGACGUCAACAUGUCACAAUUUCAGGCAUAAAAAUGCGGCUACGAUGCCUUGUAUGGGCUCUUGACGCCUGCAAGAUGUACCAUCCAGAGCAGAUUGUCCCUAUGAUUCGGACAAUUGUGGGAGAAACCAUCAUGCUUUCCCGUGAGCGUUCUAGUGAGACACGUGCCGCCUCAAUGGAUCUUUUAGAAAAGAUGCAGCGUUACCUCGUCGGCGCUGGUAAUCCGGUGAAUAUGCUUUUGCAUUUGGUGCUUGCCGGGUUUUCAGGGAAAACACCAUGGAUGGUUUCAAGUACAGUGGUGGCCAUGGCAAAGCUUGUGUAUAUCACCCAUCAGGAAUUGCCAGAGGCAGACCUUGAAGGCGCCAUUGCACUAGGGUUUCGCAUGAUGGAGUCCGCCGAACCGGAUGUUAGGUCCUCGGCGGCGAUGUUUGCACGGAUGGUAUUAAAGCUCAUGAAACGAUGUCCACGCGUUGCAGCAGCGAUGGAGAAAUCACUACCCAAGCUGCUUCUUGCCAUUGCUCUCACGACCUCUCAGCCACGUGUUUCUAGCAACAUUCGUCUGCAGAUGCGGGUGCUGCUUGAGAAAUGUAUCAAACGCUUUAGUUUUGAGCGUCUGCACCCCAUUUUCCCCAUUGGUUCGAAGAACUUCCUUUGCUACACGCAGAAGAUGAUGCGACGGGAGCAAAAGAAGGAAGAACGGGAGCUUAAGAAGCGUAUUGAUGAUAAGAAAAAUGAGUUUGAUCGUCUCUUCCUCGGGGCUGUGAUGAAGGCUGGAGCUGAGGAUGAUGCAGAGCGCGAUUUACUGCAGGCAGGAGCCUUAACAAGCUUUGUGUCUGCGUACACCGUGCCCUCUUUCGCCGCGGCAGCGGAUGCGGAGGACGACGGGGAUGAACUUGACACCAUGCACCUUGAGUUUCAGGACGGUAAGCUGCACAUCAUGAGCAUUGAGGAAAAGCGCCAGCAAGUCGAGCGUCAACGUCGACAGGAAAUGGCCAAUCGCCUGUUACACCGCGGGAAUCAUCUGGCGCAUGCAGACUCGCUCAACGAGCGGGCGCUGGGCAUGCGCAGCAAGCGCUCUCGGUCAGAGGCCGAGGACUUUGAGAAUGACGAGCUUCUGCUUCGGUAUGGCAGCAAGAUUAACAGCGAGUCGGCCCAAGGCACGAUAUCUACGGCACAGUCCCGCGUUGGCCCCGGAGUAAACCAAAUUGAAAAGCUGCGAGACCAGAAGCUUGAGAAACGGGAGCUGAAGCGGAUGCGAGUGGAGGAGGAUAUUCGCAAGGGCGAGGAGUUCAAGGGAACCGGUGAGGGUGACGUGCGGCGCGGCAAUGUGGCACCGUACGCCUACAUUCCGCUAAACAGGCAGUACAUGAAUAAGCGCCACCAGCGGGAGGCGCUGCAGCGACUCAUGACGGUCGCUCAUCCACACGUGAAGGGAAACAAGGCCAAACUUGCCAGUCGCGCCAAAAAACGCCACAGUAAGUGA